AUGAAUGUCACAAUCUUCUACACGAGCAUUCAAUAUAAGCUCGUUAUUUACAGGUUCCUGAGAGAAGUCGUGAAUCUGAGACCUGAACUGAUGUUUCAGUAUACACUGAAACCGACCUGUCUUCGCAGAAACAGUAGCGGAGAUCAUUCCCGGCUAGCUUACUUCGGGAGUGUCCCAACCCCUCGUUUACGCUCCCAAGCCCUGGAACACCGACCGCGAUGA